AUGGCUAAGACUAAGACUAAAAAUACUAUUAUUAAACUGAUUUCCACUGCUGCCACUGGCUAUUGUAGACAUAUCACAGUCAAGAGAGGUGCUCCAUUGGUUACACAAGUGAGGUAUGAUCCAAUUGCGGAACGUCAUGUACUUUUCAAGGAGAGUAAGAAAAGGAAAAUUGUAGAAGUUAAACCAUUAGAUUUCUUAAGAACUUCGAAAUAG